UUUACGUUUUUGAGUGAGUUUUGAGGUUAAGAAAGCAUUUCCCAAGUGAAUUUUUUUUAAAAAAAACUGUUUGUGUAUUUUGUGCGUCUUUCCCCCUAAAAGUUCUACUUGCCACCAUGGCGAGCGUAAAUAAUGAUAAACUGAAAAUGAUGGAGGAUGAAAUGAACAGGUUUGAAGAGGAAAUAUCAAUAGUUCCUCCUCCACCACCUCCUCCACCAUUCAUUCCUGCUGCUGUAGCCAAUCGCAUGGUUAUUGGAACCAAUACUUAUAACCAAGUUCAAAAUCAACUAGAUGCUAUGCCACCGAGAAUGCCUUUUCCCGGGCCAAUGGAUCCAAUGAGUUUACCACCUGGACCACCUGGGCCACCGAGACCUCCUAUGGCAGGUAAUUUUGGUCCUGGUCCUCCGCCGCUUUUUCCACCGGGGCCUGGUCCCAUGGGUUUCCCUCCUAAUUUUCCAGAAGGACCUCCAAUGAUGCCUCCAAACAUGCCUCCCAACAUGAUGGGUCCGAACCAUGGACUCCCUGAUAUGAUGGGACCACCCGGUUUUGGCAAUGGACCCCCUGGUUUCUUCCCUCCUCCUCCUCCUGCUUUUGUCAAGUCUCAGAUUGAAGAAAAGAAAGCUCCAGUAGUACUAAGUGGCGCACCAAAAUUGUACAAUGCUAAGUCCAAAGAGACAGACAAAAAAGACUCAGCGGAAAAAAAACGAGCAGGACCAGCCAUCGUCCCUAGUCAAGUCAUAAAAAGUGAUAUUGAUGGCAAAAAACCGAUGAAAAGUGUUCCAAAAACGUCUGCUAAAGAAAUGGCAGCUGCUGUGCAAGCAAGUCAAACUGUUGUCACUCAACAAGCUGUGGAUGUGCCUGCAGCUACCCCUGCAGCACCCGGCCCUAGUGCAGCUCCGAAGAAAAAAGAGAAAGAUAAUAAAAAGCAGAAGAAAGUAAUUCGCACUGCCGGGGGUGUAACUUGGGAAGAUAACACUCUGACUGAUUGGCCUGAUGAUGACUUCAGAUUAUUCUGUGGUGAUCUCGGAAACGACGUAACCGAUGAAGUCCUCAUUCGGGCUUUUAGUAAAUAUCCCUCUUUUCAACGAGCGAGAGUAGUCAGAGAUAGGAGAACAAACAAAACAAAAGGAUUUGGUUUUGUAAGUUUCGCAGAUCCUCAAGAUUUCAUCAAAGCCACAAAAGAAAUGAAUGGUCGGUAUGUCGGCAGUCGACCCAUUAAGCUGAGGAAGAGCACGUGGAGGAAUAGAAAUCUUGAUAUCGCUAGGAAAAAGGAAAAAGAAAAGCAAGCUUUAAUAGGUCUUCUAACUGGGCAUUGAUUCUUGUCGUUUGACCUCUUUAUUGGUGGUGCCCUGGCAAGAAUGAGCCUUGGGGACCGUUUGUGAUUGGGUCUUGAUUGUACCCCGAUUGUUCUGUGGAAAAGGGAUCAACAAGGGUCUCAUCAAGAUUCAAUCUUGAACGGUCCCCAUAUUUGUUUUGUUUUAAGUGCAGCCAGAACAAAAAAUCAUGAUGCAUGUGAUGGAGUCAAGCGAAAAGGGUCUUAAGGUGGAAAAAGUGUUCAGAACAGGUAAUAAAACUGAUUUGCAGUGGAAACAUUUUCCGUCUCAGGUGCUAAACGCUUUCUACUUCUCCCAAGAUCAUUUGAUCAUUUCAGUUAAUAAUUAUCAUUAUUAAUGACGCCAUACGCGUUUAAAAUCAAUCUUUCCUUCAGCUGGCCACAGCUCCGGAAAAUUUCAACUGCCUUUUUAUUGCUUCUGCAAUUUAAAGCUAAUUUUGAAAUACUUUCAAAGGACUAGUUUCUCUCAUUUUUGGGGGGUUCUUCGCGCCAAAUACGGUAAAAUUAAACUCUCAAAAACGUGAUGCCGUUACCUCAUUUUUUUUUCCUUUUCACCUCAAAGGUCCUUUUGCCUAACCUUAUCACAUCUUCUCAGGCAGUGAGACAAAUUUAGGAAGAAUGGGAUUUAUUCAGGUUUUUUGACUUGUUUUAAGUGUGUGUGUUCUUUUAAGUCAGACGUUCUGUCGAGAUUACUGUAAUUCUACAGUGCUCCUUCAAUUUCUGUGAUUUAAUUAAGUAGGCUCUCAUAAUGUGAUGGAACUUCUGCAGAAGUCUAAAACAUUUUCAAUGGGUAAUUAAACGACAAUAUCCGUUUAGGUUGGCAAACGAAAAAUUAUUGUAGAAAUUUAUAUUGUUCAUAGAUCCUUGAUAGUUUGUCGUCAGAAGAAAAUAUCAAACUAUUAUUGUUUCGGUUGGUCGCCUAUAGUUUGAAAUCAAGACCUUAUUAAAUUCAGACUUUUGCAAACGUUCCAUUAAAUUCAUAGAUUUGUAUUAUUUUCGUAGAUUUUAUAUGAUUAAGAAAACAAAUCUUGAAGAGAACAAAGAAUAUCUCAAUAAAAAAUUAAUUUUCAA